CGUUGUCAGGAACUGCACCAGGCAGCAAAGUACGAGUACGAUUGCUAUAGGGAUUACAAUAAGAGAAGAAAAUAUGCCCCCGAAGAGAAAGUCUACCAGAGCUGCAAAGGCCGGUGGGAAGAAGGUCAAGGAGGAGGAGCCGGAGGCGCCGCAGGACGCGUUCAGGGCGGCCAAGGAGGCCCUGAAGGCCGCCACGCCGCAGGCCAAGGGCAAACGCAAGACAGACGAGCACUGCGGGAUCGUCGCAGAGGUUUACGAGGAUUAUGACUGCAUGCUGAACCAGACCAACAUCGGACAUAACAACAACAAAUUCUACGUCAUUCAAGUUUUACAGAAUGGGAAGAAUUACUACUGCUGGACAAGAUGGGGCAGAGUGGGGGAGGUGGGUCAGUCCAAACUGUUAGGUCCUGUGUCAAGUGUUGACGCAGCAAUCAAAGACUUCGAGAAGAAAUUCAAGGACAAAACAAAGAACAACUGGAGUGAGCGGGAGAACUUUGUCUCCCACCCUGGAAAGUACACACUGAUUGAGGUGGACGGAGACCAGGAUGCAGAGGUCAAAGUGGACACUGUUGAUGGAGUAAAGAAGACAGUUGUGCAGAAUACAUUGCCUUGCACUUUGGAUCAGUCCACACAGAGAUUCAUUAAGUUCAUCUUCAACAACGAUAUGUUCAAAGACGCCAUGGAGAGCAUGAACCUGGACAUUAAGAAGAUGCCUUUGGGGAAGCUGAGUAAGCAGCAGAUAGCCAAGGGGUUUGAAGUGCUGGAAGAAAUCGAGCAGGCCAUGAAGGUGAAGUUCAGUCGGACGCGUCUGGAGGAGCUUUCCUCCAAGUUCUUCACCACCAUCCCACACAACUUCGGCCGCAACCGACCGCCGGUCAUCGACACCCCAGCCGUCAUAGAGGCCAAGAAAGAGAUGCUUCUGGUCCUGGCAGACAUCGAACUUGCCCAGAGUCUGAAGGCAGAGACUGAAAAAGCUAUGGAAGAGAUGGUGGAGAAUGUGCCUCAUCCCAUAGACCAGGACUACCAGUCUCUCAAAUGCCAACUUACACUCAUGGACAAAGGCUCCCCUGAAUUUAAGAUCAUUCAGAAAUAUCUACAAGCUACUGGAUCCCCCCACCGUAAGCUGACCAUCGUGGAUGUCUGGGAAGUUGACAGGAGUGCAGAGGCCGAGCGGUUCAGCGAACACGACUGUCUGGAGAACCGGCGGUUGUUGUGGCACGGCACUAACGUUGCCGUGGUUGCGGCCAUCCUGAAGAGCGGGCUGAGAAUCAUGCCCCACUCCGGGGGCCGGGUCGGCCGCGGGAUCUACUUCGCCUCGGAGAACCUCAAAUCCGCAGGAUACGUCUCCACCUCAAACAACACAGGGGUGAUGUUUCUGAAUGAGGUCGCUCUGGGGAGAGAGCACACGAUCACUCAAGAUGACUCCAGCUUGAGGAAAGCCCCCGAAGGAUAUGACUGUGUGGUAGCAAGGGGACAAGUUGAACCAGAUCCUUCCAAAGACGUGUCCAUCGUUCUGGAUGGUAAGACGGUCGCGGUCCCUCAGGGGAAAGCCAUACCGCAGCCUCAGUACAAAGAUAGUCAUUUCUAUAACAGCGAGUACCUUAUCUACAAGGAGAGUCAGUGUCGAAUCCGCUACGUCCUUGAGCUCAAGUUUUAACACCUCCGGAGUCUGAAGGGUCUGCACUUUUGGCUUGCGAAAGAGAAGGAUCCCUUUUCGUUAUCCAAUGUCAAAAUACACAUAUAUAUUUGUCAGAAUAUAUAUAUAUAUAUAUACACGUAUGACUUACUGAGUAAAUACGGUGUAACUUCUGCAUCACCGUGCAUAGUUACACUGUUCUUUUGUUUUUGUUUUUAUUUUGUUUGUUUUAAUUCAUUAUUAAUUGCACUCUGUAGUAUGCAUUCAGGUAAACUGUUUGCACUGAGGCAGUAGUGUAAUAGUUAACAACGGUAAACAAGGAGAGUUCAUACGUAAAAAAAAUCGCGAGCCUUAAAGACAGCCCGAGGGCUGGACACAGCUGACCGCUGAUGUUAAACAACAUAGUUAAACCAAAACUGACGAGUGAUAAAGAGAUUUAUUCUGUGUGCCUUGGUUUUCUUUCAUUGCUUCAGGUAUAUCUACUGUAAUGUGUUUAGUCCCUUGAUGUGUAUGAGGUAUAAUUUUGCUCUUUAAUGUCACUUUAUCGCCUGAGGUUAUUGACCCUGGAAUGUGAUCUGUGUAUAAAAACAGUCCAGAAGCCUGCACUUUGGCACUGUAAGCACCUUCACUGUCUAAAAAAAUCUGCCACUGUACCAUCGAAAAAUAUUCUUUCUCUUUUAAGUCCCCAAACGAACACAGAGACUCAGAGAAACACUCUCUUCCAUUAACUCUUCAUUAGUUAUAGAACAGAAAGGACGACUGCUCCCCGCUGUGACCGUAAUGACACACAUGUCAUAACAGCUGCCUGGUCAUUUUAUUACACACAGCGUUUGACUGUUAAGCUACUUUGGCCUUUUUUUUCCUGCAUUUGGGUAAACUGGUUCGACAGUAACUGUUAUCCUCACGUUACCAUGGUACCGCAGUGUCCUCACGUUACCAUGGUACCGCAGUAAAGCUUAAAUUUCUUUGUUCAUCCAGUUGCCUUUAUGCCUCUAAGGCACAUUUUACAUGUACCUGCUUGA